GGCCUAUUUUGUCCUCCUGCAUUUGCAAUGGCUCCACCACGUUUGCCUCCCAGAACGACUCAGUUGGGCAUUCUUCGCCGACAAUUUCGCCAGUUUCAGCUCUCCUUACUUGCCGCUGAGCUUACUCAUUUUCUUGAACAUCUUUCCAGCCCAAGUGUCCCUGAGGAUGCCUUCCUGCCUCCUCGCAUUGUGCAGAGCACUUCUACGCGUGACAAGAGCACACAGACUUCUCCUGAGCUCAACAGCCGUCACGGAUGCUCCUACUUCCCUGACACGACACCACAGUUUUCUCCCUAUCCUUCACACUGGUCUCCCACUGAUUAUUCCCCUACGUCUCCUGUUGCUUUGCCAAGUCACCGUGCUCCUGUGCCUUCACCUGGCUUCGGGCCAAGCCGCUCUUUCAUGUCUCCUGCCCAUGCUUCUGUGUCUUCCCCAGGCCUUGGGCCUAGCUACUCCUACAUGUCUCCUGCAGCUGCUGAAGGCGACAGUGCCAAUCCCGAUGUGUUGCUGGUUCCGUUGUCCAUAGAACAUAGCCUCCUAAGGAAAGAACCCCAAAUGACUCAGCCAGGAGAUUGCGCGACGUGUGAAGACUCGGGUGACCAUCUGGAGUCCACCAGGAAGAUUAUAGACAGAGUUCUGAAUGGAGUCUAA